AUGAUUAACGACCAACAGUUGAAUGAUAUAUGCAUAACAUUUGGACUACUUUCGAUGGUCCUCGUUGUUAUUUACCACGCACUUGCUUCUACACAAAAAGGAAAUAAAAAGGGAAGUGAAGAUAUAUUUGCACCUCAAGAGAAACGAAAAUCAAAAUAG